AUGCUCGUCCAAUUAUCUGAACUCUCGCUUACUGGCAAGACCUGCUUGGUCACCGGCGGAGCCGGCGGGCUGGGCAAGGCCAUUGCGACCAAGUUUCUCGCGGCUGGCGCAAACGUGGUUAUCUGCGAUGUCAACGAGAAGCGACUACAGCAGACUUCGGUAGAACUUGGGGAAACCGGUCGAUUGAAAGCUAUCAAGGCGGACAUUUCCUCUGCGAGCGCGGUUCAGACCCUCUUUGACGAGAUCAUCGCGGACUUUAAGAAGCUCGACAUCUUAGUCAACAAUGCUGGAAUCAUGGACAGGUUUGAUCCCGUGGGAGAUCUCGAUGAGGCACUGUGGGAUAAGGUGAUUGCCGUGAACCUCACAGCCCCGUUUCUGCUCAGCAAACUAGCUGUGCGGAAUAUGUCGGAGCAGCCUACCACUGAUGGAUGCAUCGUCAACAUCGUCUCUGUAGCCGGCAAGGCUGGCUGGGCAGCGGGCGCAGCAUACACAGCGAGCAAGCACGGUCUUGUCGGGUUGACUAAGAACACGGCCUCCUUCUACGGUAACAAGGGCAUCCGGUGCAAUGCGCUCAUGCUGGGCGGCAUGAACACUAACAUCACCGACGCCUUCCACGCCGGCAUCAACCUGGAGGGCAAAGACAAAGCCGUGGAGAUCCUAAAUGCCACCAAAGCGCCCUUGUGCGAGAUCGACGAUGUAGCGGACAUGUGCCUGUCCCUGACCUGCGGCAGGGGCUCGAAACUGGUCAACGGCGCCCUUAUCCCCGUUGACAAUGGCUGGACGGACCUGCUGUCCUCCCACCUCAACAAUGCAUAUACUCCAACGCCCCCGCCUCGUUCUGAAUACACUCUCCCAGAUUCACACUCGCAGACUGCACACUCCCAUGCCGGUCAUUCAGCUGCGCAUGCAACAUCGGCUUCCCCUCCCCGCCUUCCAACGCAAGAUGCACCUGCGAAGCGCUCAUCACGCUAUCCGCGCUGCACCGCGCAGCGCACCAAGUCACGCUGGUACCAUGGUGGGCUUACCAUUAUUAUUCCCCAGGCAAUCAUUCAGAUCGAUCUCGGAGAAGGACCAGGUGCCGUCGGGCCGUUUGCAGCGACUGCUGAGGAUGUGUUUGUUUUUGAGGACGAUGGUGUCGGAGCUGGUGUGGAAGCCGCGGAGGGACAUUCUGGUGCUUUCAGGUCUUUUGGGUUUCUCUCUGGGGGGGUUUCGGAGAUGAAAUACGUCCAGCUUGGAUCAAGCGGGCUCCGCGUCUCCCCCGUCUGCGUGGGCUGCAUGAGCUACGGCAGCCCCGAGAAACGCUUCGACUGGGCAAUGGGCGAAGAAGACGCGCUCCCCGUGCUGGACCACGCCUACCGAUCGGGCCUCAACUUCUUCGACACGGCCAACGUCUACUCGAACGGCGACUCGGAGGUGAUUCUCGGCAAGGCGAUCAAAAAGUACAACUGGCGGCGCGAGAACAUCGUCAUCGCGACCAAGGUGUGGGCGCCUGUCGGUCGCGGCAAGGAUUAUCCUCUCUUUAUGUCGAACGAGGAGCGCGACAAUGCCGGCUACGUGAACGAGUACGGGCUCAGCCGGAAGCACAUCUUCGAUAGUAUCGAGGCGAGUCUGAAGAGGCUGGAUCUGCCGUAUGUUGAUCUGCUGCAGAUCCACCGGUUUGAUCCCAGCACGCCUGUGAAGGAGACGAUGGAGGCGCUGCAUGAUGUGGUCAAGUCGGGCAAGGUGCGGUAUAUCGGGGCUUCGUCGAUGUGGGCGCACCAGCUGCUGGAGUAUCAGUAUACGGCGCGGAUGAACGGGUGGACCGAGUUCAUCUCCAUGCAGAAUCUGCAUAACCCUAUCUACCGGGAGGAGGAGCGGGAGAUGGUUCCUGCGUGCGCUAAGUUCGGGAUGGGUGCGAUUCCGUGGAGUCCGCUUGCGAUGGGAUUUUUGACCCGGCCGUGGAAGGCGUUUGAGGAAACUACGCGAGGGAGAUCGCUGAAUGGCAAACUAAUGGGCCACGCGUUUACCGAGACGGACAAACAGAUCAGCGAGAAGAUAGAGGAGAUUGCCAGCAACCGCGGUGUGUCAAUGGCCAUAGUGAGCCUUGCGUGGUCGCUGUCGAAGCCGUUCAUUACUGCGCCGAUUGUGGGAUUGAGCAAGAAGGAGAGAGUGGACGAGGCGAUUCAGGCGAUCGAGUUCAAGCUCACGGAGGAGGAAAUCAAGAGUAUUGAUGAUCUCUAUCAACCGAAAAAGGUUAUAGGCCACCACUAG